CGAACCUUCACUGGUUAGGAGUUGAGAAAAAUCAGGAAGUCAGCAUGCGUCUUAUGACUUUUGAACUUCAUGAUCUUCUUUUUUACGUUUGCUUUAUUGAUUUUUAAUGCGCGCUACACGACUACUUAAUCAGAAGAAUGCCUUACAACUUUGGACAAUGCGGACUCUGACUGCUCAGCCUCUCUGGAGAGCCCUGCCACACUGUAGCUCUGACGCCAGUGUUCCAGUGACUCAAACUAGGACCAGUUCCACAGACCUCCACCCCUAUACUUUUCCCAGUCCAGCCCAGUACUAAGAGGCAGACAUGUCGUACUGGUCAGUAGGCCUCUCUCCGGCCACAGGGGAGACAGUGAGCAACAUGGAGGCACAAGAUGGUGUAGUGGAGGAUAUGGGAGCUAAGGUGUCAUUGCUGGGUGGGGGGGGCUCAGGCGUGGGUCUGGGUCCUUCCCCCACCCUGGAGAACAUCCAGGCCGCCUACGGCGGGGGCCAGACAGACGAGGCCAGGGAGAUGAUCCAGCAGGCCUUUUGUGUGGAGUGCAGCCCAGGGGGACCCAGGGUGGAGGCGGUGCGUCUCUUGUGCGUGGCUGCUCAGCAUGGUGACAUUGAGAGUGUGAGAUACCUCCUCCGUGAUGCCCGCGUGGCCAUGCCCCUGGAGCCCACAGAGCACCACCCUGCCAUCCAGGCUGCCCAGCACGGCCACCCCUGCCUGGUCAGGGAGCUGCUGGAUUCUGUACCUGGCCCAUGUCUCAGGAGGGAUCUGUUAAACUGGAUGCUGGCUACGGCGUGUCAGCAGGGUCAUUUAGAGGUUGUCCGUCUGCUUGUCCAGGAUUACCAUGCCGAUGCAGAUGACUGUGCAAUCCACAGUGAUGAGUUUGCUGUCAUCACAGGACUGCCUCUUUAUGCUGCUGCACGUGCAGGUAACGAGGAGAUAGCCAGCUUCCUGCUCCAGAAUGGUGCAGGCUUCUCUUCCUACACCCUGAUGGACCACCCAGUCUUCAGCAGGACACUUCUCAGACAGAGGCUGGAGACCUCCCACACAGAGGGAGAGUGUCUCUGUGUGUGCUGGUCUGGUCUGAAGCUGCCAUGGCUGGAGCUGGACUGGUUCAUGGACCUGUCAUCUCGUAUCACCAAGCUGGACCUGUCGUCUAACUGUCUGGCCGCUCUGCCCUCCGUGGUUCCCUGGGGCUUGAUACAGCUGCACACCCUGGACCUGUCAAACAACAACCUCAAAGACCUGCCCUCGGCACUCAGCUCUCAGGAGAUCAUCUGCUCCAAAUUGCAGCAAGUGAAUCUGUCUCAGAACCAGUUGACCAGCCUGCCAACAGGCCUGCUGCAUCUUACCAGGAUCCAGAGACUCUCUGCUACCAAGAACCACCUCACCUCUUUGUUCGACCUGUCUAAUGAUACUAACUGGAUAGGCCUGCGUAAGCUGGAGGAAUUGGACGUGUCUGACAACCUGCUGACCAGCUUGUCCACGACCAUCCUGCACUGCUUCAAGUCCCUCAACUCUCUCAACGUCUGCAGGAACACACUCUCCUCCUUCCCUGACCCCUGGGCCUGUCCCCUGAAGAUCUGUCGAGCCUCGUCGAACUUGAUUGAGAGUCUUCCCAACACCAUCUCCAUCUUCUGGAAAACCCAGCUCCAAGAGGUGGAUUUCUCAGACAACGUCCUGAAAGAACUGCCUUCUUACAUAUUCGAGCUUGAGGCCCUGGUCUCCUUACGUUUGUGUGGGAAUCAGAUCUCCACCCUACCAGCACCCAGCAAGUGGAGGUGCUCUCUUCUCAGGACACUAGACCUCUCCAGAAACCAGCUGGGCAGAACUGAGGAGGUCACUAAAACCAGCAGGCUGGCCUUCCUAACCACAUGGCACCGCAGAGACCCCGACCCAGUGUGUCCUAUCGAGUUUCCAGUCAUUUUGCGGGACUCACUGGAAGUACUUAUCCUGAAUGACAACCAGCUGGAGUGUGUGCCUCAGUCUGUGUGCUGCCUGAAGAACCUUACAGAACUGUAUCUGUCCAAUAACCCAGCUAUCCGGGAGCUUCCUGCAGAGCUUGGCCAGCUGUCCAACCUAUGGCAGCUGGACAUCGACGACCUCAACAUAACUAACGUUCCCCAGGAGAUCAGGAAGGAAGGUUCUGUGUCUGUGCUCGCUCACCUCCGAGCGCACCUGCGAAAGGCAGAACCUUGCAAGCUGCUGAAGAUGAUUGUGAUUGGUCCCCCUCGCCAGGGGAAGACAGCCCUCCUGGAGGCGCUGCGGACGGGCAGGACGUCCCCCUUCACCCCCCCCGAACGCAGCAUCUCCACCUCCACCUGGGAGCUGGACAGACCCAACGGGAUUAAAACUGGUACCAGCUCUGUGGUGUUCAACGUGUGGGACAUCGGCGGGCCUGCCAGCAUGUCCACGGUCAACCAGUGUUUCUUCACUGACCAAACCUUUUACCUGGUCACCUGGAACCUGGCUCUGGGCGAGGAAGCCGUGGCCAACCUGCAGAACUGGCUGCUCAACAUCGAGGCUCGGGCUCCUAACUCUGCUGUGGUCGUGGUAGGCACACAUCUGGACCUGAUUGACACCAAGUUCCGUACAGAGCGGGUCGCAACGCUGCGCGCCUACAUCCUGGCUCUCUGCCGCUCUCCCUCCGGCGCCCGGGCAACGGGGUACCCAGACGUUACCUGGAAACACCUGCACGAGGUGUCAUGUAAGACUCUGGAGGGUCUGGAUGGUCUGAAGAGGCUGGUCUACAACGUGGCCUGCACCAUGAAGCUGAGCAGCAGCUCUGCCAGUGGCCAGAAGCUGCUGGGCAGACUGAUCCCGCGCAGCUACCUGGCCCUGCAGGAGGCCGUGAUAGCGGAGCACCAGAGACACGAUGCCGAGGACGAGGUCCAGUACCUCACCGAGACCGAGCUGGACAGGAUCAUCGAGCAGAACCCAGGAAGUGACAUCAGAGACUAUGAGGACCUGCAGAGCGCCAUCAGCUUCCUGAUAGAGACAGGUACUCUGCUGCACUUCCCUGACACCAGCCACGGCCUGUGCAUGCUCUACUUCCUGUGUCCUGUCUGGCUGUCGGAGUGUCUGGAGAGAAUCAUCCAUCUGAGGAGCUCUCGGUCCGUGGCCAGGAACGGCGUCAUCCGGGCCGAAGACCUCCGGAUGCUGCUGGUGGGGACCGGCUUCACUCAGCAGACGGAGGAGCAGUACUUCCAGUUUCUGGCCAAGUUUGAGAUAGCGCUGCCGGUGGCCAACAACAGUUACUUGCUGCCCCACCUCCUGCCUCCCAAGCCAGCCAUGGACAUCCAUGGUUUCCGGCAGCAGACCAACAACACCUUGCAGAGGCUCUUCAAGAUGAGCUUCGUCCCUGCAGGCUUCUGGGAGCGCUUCAUAGCCAGGAUGCUGAUCAGCCUCACCCAGAUGGACCUGCAGUCGUUUGAGCCGAAGAGGAACCCGAGGAGCGGACGCGGCAGGAACACGGUGAUCUACAGCUUCGCUGGGACCCAGCAGAGGAGCCGCUGCAGCACCUUCAGAGUGCGCCGCAGCCAGACCAUCUACUGGAAGGAGGGGCUGCUGGUCACCUUUGACGGGGGCUACCUAAGCGUGGAGUCUUCCGAUGUGAACUGGAAGAGAAAAAAAAGUGGAGGCAUUAAGAUUAUCUGCCAAUCAGAAACCAGGGAUUUCUCAGCCAUGGCCUUCAUCACGGAUCACGUCAACUCCCUCAUCGAGCAGUGGUUCCCUGCUCUGACUGCCAGCGAGAGUGACGGGAGCCCCCUGAUCGAGCAGUAUGCCCUGUGCCCCCUGUGUGUGUCCACGGCCCGCCAGGACCAGGGCCAGGGCCAGGGCCAGGACCAGGGCCAGGGCCAGGGCCAGGGCCAGGACCAGGGCCAGGACCAGGGCCAGCCCCCAGCCCUCAGCACCGGGGUGGGGGCGGGGGAAGCAGGAGGCGGGGAGGGAGAUGGAGUACACUACUUUAACAUGGAGAAGUGUGUGUUGGCGGCGGUAGAGACGGACCACAUCAGCUGUCCCCAGCACCCCGAGACCCUUGUCCCCCUCCAGGAGCUGGUCCCUGAACUCUUCAUGACAGACUUCCCAUCACGCCUGUUCCUGGAGAAGGCCCAUCUGGAGAGCACGGAGGAGGAGAAGGACAUCAUUGGUCAGGGAGGCAGUGGCACCAUCAUUUACAGGGCGCGUUACCGUGAGCAACCAGUCGCCAUCAAACGCUUCCACUUUAAGAAAUGCAGACAGCAGAGCCUCAGCUGUGACACAGACACCAUGGUGAAGCACCUCCAGGCGGCGGACGCGUGUCGCAGCUUCUCAGAGUUCCGUCAGGAGGCCAGCAUGCUCCACUCCCUGCAGCACCCGUGCAUCGUGGCCCUGGUGGGCAUCAGCAUCCACCCGCUGUGCUUCGCCCUGCAGCUGGCCCCGCUGGGCAGCCUCAACACCGUCCUGGAGGAGAGGCACAGAGGCUCCAGGUACAUGCCCCUGGGUCACAUGCUCACCUUCAGAGUGGCCUAUCAGAUCGCAGCGGGGCUGGCCUACUUGCACAAGAAGAGCAUCAUCUUCUGUGACCUGAAGUCUGACAACAUCCUGGUGUGGUCCCUCGAGGUGUGCGACCCCGUCAACAUCAAACUGUCAGACUACGGCAUCUCUCGCCAGUCCUUCCAUGAGGGGGCGCUGGGGGUGGAGGGCACUCCCGGGUACCAGGCUCCGGAGAUCCGACCAGGCAUAGUCUACGAUGAGAAGGUGGACAUGUUCUCUUAUGGCAUGGUUCAGUAUGAGCUCCUGUCUGGGUGCAGGCCAGCUCUGGGUCACCAUCAGCUCCAGAUAGCUAAGAAGCUGUCCAAGGGCAUCAGGCCGGCUCUGGGCAGCCCUCAAGAGGUCCAGUUCCACUGUCUCCACAACCUGAUGAUGGAGUGCUGGGACACCAAGCCUGAGAAGAGGCCCCUGGCUGUGCAGUGUGUGAGGCAGAUGCAGCAGCCUAGUUUCCCGUGUUUGAGGUACCUGCUCUCCUGUGACACCCACUCGCAGCUCUUCCUGUCGCACCUGCAAGGACACAGCGCUGUCUUCUGGGACGGCGACAAGGACAACAGGAACUACAGUGUGGUGAACAUGGAGAGGGGUCAGGUGGAGGUGAAGAGGAUGGCGUGUCCAGGAAGUCAACUCAGCUGUCAGAUGAAAAUGAACAACACACUCUGGAUCGCCACCGAGGAGCAGGAGGUGUUUAUCUACAGCCUGAAGGAGAUGUGUCCCCUGAGCCAGCCCCAGAAGCACCUGUGCUUCCCGGCCAUCGUCACCUGCCUGUUUCCUGUGCCUGCCAUUGCCCAGAACCUGGCCCGGGUGUUUGCGGGCAUGGCAGAUGGGCUGGUGGCAGUGUAUACCUUGGUGGAGGACAUGCCCAUAGAAGGGGACACCUACCUGUGCUCCCACACCAUCAACAGGACAGUGUUUGGCCUGGAGGACUCGGACCCCAGACAGAGGCCCUACCCUGUCAGGACCAUGGUUCUUGUGUGCAGCGGCUCCCAGCUGUGGUACUCGAACGGGCCGGGGGUCCUGGUCCUGGACUGCCAGAGCCUGCAGCCUCUGCAGCGCCUGGAGCCCUACAGCCCGCCGUCCUGUGUGACAGCCCUGGCCUCCAGCCUGUGUGUGUGGGGGGAGGAGGCUGUGUGGGCCCUGGACGACCACACCAACACCCUGCUGCUCUACCACGCUGCCAGCUACCAGCUCUGUGCCACGUACAGCUGCGGCGACACCAACCCUCUACGCGACGUCUUUACUGUGCAGAGGCCUGGUGGGGCUACCGUGGCAACGACCCCUGACAUUGAGUUAGAGUCGCCAGUUGCCGAGGAGACGGAGCCAGAAUGGCUGACCGGGGAAGUGACCCUGAUCUACAGCGAGGAGGCGGGGACCCAGAUCAUCCAGCACCAGGAUUCGCUAACAGACUACUGCUCCAUGACCUCUGACUCCGCCCUUUCAUCUGAGCUGCAGGGAUUGGACAGGUCCAGCUCCGGAGCCCUCAGCUCAUUGGCCAGCUCCAUCAGCAUGCCUCUCUCUACAGACUACGAGGAGACAGACAGGACACCGGACCUCAAACCUGGCACCCUGACUGAGACCGACCACCCUGACACUGGUCACCAGCCCGACCACCCAGAGAAGGACACAGCUGAGACUGACCCCUGUGUUAAACCCACACCUCCUCCCCUGCAGGCCUUCAAUGUGCUGACUGUGAAUGGAACUGUGUGGAUCCCCAGGCGUGGUGGGGACGUGAUGGUGAUCGAGGUGCAGCAGCAAGCAGACCAGCUUAGGGGGCGUGUCAUCGCCGUGCUCCGCCCACCAGAAAACUCCUCCAACGGAAUCCUAGAGGAGGCAGCGCUGGUAGCAAAGGACACUGUUGUGUGUGGCUUUCGCAAGGAAAACAGCGAGUGGUGCCUGUGUGUCUGGAGGGGCUGGGGCUCGCGCGAGCUGGAAGUCUUCUACCAGUCCUACGAAGAGCUGGGCCGCUUGGAGAUCGGCUUGAGAAAAAGAAGGUAGCCGUUGUGCUGCGGAGGGGCGCAGAAUCGCAGCUCUGUGCCAAGGCCGAGGGGGAAUAAGCUCUGACUGGCCCCCAGUGUUCAGGGCAAGGGAGGGCUGCAGAGCUCUGACAUCAGAGCAACGUGCAAGAUGCGAAGGGAGGCUAGCUCCUAUUGGCCGUCACAGACCCUCAUUGGAACUUUUGGCCCCGGAGGGUUGGCCUCGUCAGAAGCACCUGAGGGACACCCAAACACUAGUCUGAGUACGCUGACUGAUCAACACACAUGUUGUAACUUUACAAAACAGGUCUGUCCCACUAAGACGCGUUUAUAUGAGAACAUGAUUCACAUCCCAUAAUGCUUUUUUUUUUUUAUGGAUUUUAUUGUUUUAGUUAUACUCUUGAAUGUACUGUAUACUUAUCAAACCAGCUUAAAAAGCUUUUCCUGUAUAUAUUAUUAAAGUUUCAAGGAUUUUAAAUUAUUGUUUUCAGAAAUUCUUGCUGCAUGUGUAAAUAGAAUUUGUAAAGUAUUAUGACAAUAAAUAUAGUUCUCAAAAUCA